AUGGAUAAGAAUCUCCAGCCGCUGGAAUCGAGACCGAGUGUGCUAGAAAGUGACAAAGUGGAACUCUGGAAUUGCAGUAAUUACAAGGAGAAAAAGAGUGCGGUGCUCGCAGAGGGACCAGGACCCGUCUCCUCUGCUCCCCGCGUGGCCCAGAGGAGCAGGGAUCAGGUGGAGAGCUGUGAGGUCACCACCAGAGGACAGGAAGUGGAGCAGACAGUGACUGGUGUGAGUGUCAGGACGCUGGGGAGACACACAGAGCGAGACUAA